GCUCCUAUAUAUAUAUCCUCCACCAUCUACUCACCGCUUUCCUUGCUGAUUGUAGCUUCUUGUGUUAACCCGGCAAAUAUUUUAACCAAAAAAAAGGAAGAAAUAUGAGUCGACAUCCACUUACAAAAUGGGCUCAAAGAUCUGACAAGGUCUUCAUCACAAUUGAACUCCCUGAUGCCAAGGAUGUAAAACUCAAACUGGAACCUGAAGGUCGCUUUUAUUUCUCUGCGAAGAGUCCUGACAACACUCCCUAUGAACUCGAUCUUGAGUUGCACGACAAAGUUAAUGUUGAGGAGAGCAAAGCUGCAGUUGGACUGAGACACAUAUGUUAUCUAGUGAAGAAAACUGAGAAGAAAUGGUGGAGUAGGCUGUUGAAACAAGAAGGGAAGCCUCCAGUGUUUUUGAAAGUAGAUUGGGAUAGGUGGAUGGAUGAAGAUGAUGAGAAGGAAGGCAAAGUUGGAGACAUGGAUUUCGGUGAUAUGGAUUUUUCGAAGUUGGACAUGGGCGAUGGAGAUGAUGAUUUUGAUGUUGAUGCAGACAAACUAGCAGAGGAUGAUGGAAAGGGAGAUAUGGAGGCAGAAGGUGAGAACAAGGCGAAUGAAGAGACCUCAGCUGCAGCUACUGCUUCAAGCGAGUCUGAAGGGAAGGUGUAGGGAGGUUUACUCCACUCCAAGAGUAUUUUGUGGUCUAAAGUGAUGAUCUCUUAAUAAUGUCUUUUGUGUGUCUGGAGUUAAAUUUGAAUAGAGCAAAGAGUUGGUAUGUUACUCCGAUGAACCAUUUCCUUUUGUGGUGAAAGUUUGUUAAAAAUGUUAUUCUUGGUUCUGCAUAUUUGAGGAGUAUUAUGGACUCGUUUAAGUACUGCCUUCAGAUUGUACCCAUAUAGUCAGUCAGUGGAAACUUUGGUUUUAGCGACUUCUAUCAAUGCUUCAUAAAUUUCUUCGAGUCAUUUUGUGUGAGCUUCACGAAUUGCAUUCUAACAUUCCUACUC